GUUUGAACAAGUUUCUUGCUUCUCAUGUAGGUACUUUUUUAUUAAAUACCUAAGGUAGCUAAUGCUAGCACUCCUGAUGAAUAAAUCUUUAUCUCUUAUCAAUGUCAUGAAGCUAAGAUACCUUCUAUUCAUGCUUGGUACGUGCAUGCAUGACCUUUGACCUUAACUUUAAAGCUUCCAUGCCAAGAAACUGCGCCGCCUAAACUACGACUACGACGACGCGCCACUUGACCUCAAACCCCAGCUCCUGGAUCGGCAUUAGUUAACUUCUCUUCAACACAUCACAUCACAUCACAUCGCACGCCUCACUACUUCAACGAACCUUCGCCUGUAGUAUUACACCGCUUCCUCUUCUUCCUGUUGGCGAAUCGCAACAAUGUUCUUCUUCUUCGUGUGCGGCGAGCACACCUUCCGAAAGGAAGUCUCUGAAUAUCAGGGCAUGAUAUUCCAAUGUCACCACUGUGGUAACAUGGCAGCACAUGUCCAGAAGAGCAACCCAUGGUUCACGUUCUGUUGGAUUCCACUUAUUCCUUUGUCUAUCUCUGGCUACGUCGAUGUCGCAUGCCGUAUCUGCAACUUCCAUCAACCUCUCGUAAACCGACCCGAUGUCAAGGCCGUGGCAAAUGGUGGAGGAGGAGGACCUCCCCCACAACAAUACGCACCUCCUCACGGCGGACCUCAAGGACAGGCACCUAUGCGAUAUGGUUAAUAGGAACGAUCUUGUCAAGUCUUUGAGGAACAUGCCAUCGACACAGGCGUAGCGAAUUUGCGCGCUGUUGAUGUUCGAUGUUGCGAAAGUGGCUUCUUGGUUUUUGUUUGUUUAAAGAGGCGUUACAGCCUGGUGUUGAGGCGAAUCAGGAUACCCCAUGAAUGGGGCGAUGGCUGGGUUUCUUUCGACAAAGAGCAUUUCGCCUGCACUCCAUGCCACCAAGAGAGUCUCUUUGACCUUGGUGUGUUGGUGAAGAUAAAGCGCAGGUAAAAUUGAGCUCGGGACAUGAUUUGGGAGUAUUUUGAAAGCACAUAUUCUACUUCCGCUCAUCUUGGGAUACCACCUUUUAGGAACAUUUCAAGGCAGCUCUGCCUCUUAUUAUAACCAUUUCUGUCUACUUCAGUCCCAGGAACUAUUGAUUGGCGCCUUUCCUCUUGAGGGAGCCAAGUCUCGUUGAGUACCUAGUGUCUGCAAUCGCCC